UUUUUAUCCAUAUCACAUUCACAUUCUAUCCUUCAUCUUCAGUUCUCAUUGAUAACAUAUGUGUUUCUUGUAAAUUUUAUGUUUUAUCAGAACAAAAGUUACACAGAAAUGACUACCAGAGUUGCAAAAUCAAGCAAAGAAUCCUCUAAACCGCCUAAAUGUAAAAAUAAUAGUAAGAUUGCUAAGAAAGAGAAGAGAUGCAAGGGGACUAACAGAUCAAAAGAGGUGGAGAUCACAAGAUCAAAGGAGUUGCAGAUCGCAUCGUCAACCAGUUUAUUGCAAAGAUUAUAUGGAACCUGUAAAGAUGUGUUCAGAAGUGAAGGUGUUGCUGAUUUACAUCUGUCUGAUGUCCAAGCACUCGCACACAUUCUUGAUAGCAUGGUGCCUGAGGAUGUAGGUCUGUGUCCGGAGAUUAAGUUCUUCAACCCAGCUGCUGCUUUUGAGGGGGUUCCAAGAGUCGGAUACACCAGCCUAUAUGAAUGCAAGAAAUUCUCGCUUUGCAUCUUUUUCCUGCCUACAAAUGCUGUCAUUCCUCUGCAUAACCACCCGGGGAUGACCGUGUUCAGCAAGCUUUUAAUAGGCACAAUGCACGUCAAAGCAUAUGACUGGGUUGAUCAGGCUGAAUCCGAGGACUCGUCUACACCUCCUUCUAAAUUCAGACUGGCAAAGCUGAAAGCAAACGGUAUUCUCUCAGCCCCAUGCGACACAUCUGUCCUGUAUCCGACUUCUGGGGGCAACAUCCAUGAGUUCAGAGCUGUAACACCUUGUGCAAUCCUUGAUGUCAUUGGUCCCCCCUAUUCCCUAGAAGAGGGUCGCGAUAGCACGUACUACAACGACAUUCCCUACUCUGCAUUGCCAAAGGCGCGUAAAGGAAGCUUGAUCAACGAAGAAGAGGCCGAGUCCUAUGGAUGGCUGGAAGAGAUCGAGAUGCCAAAUGAGGCGGUGAUGUAUGGAGUUCAUUACAUGGGACCUGAGAUAAUUGAAACUGCUCCUUAGUUUCAUUUCUAGAUAGCUAGAGUGUGCUAUCGUAGUUUAUCUUUAUCUCUAGUUGUUGUCUUUGUCAAACUCUGUUUGUGGCAAUGUUAUGUCUUGUACAUUAAAUGUUGUAAAACUCUUACCUGAGUUAUCCGGACCAUCUACUUUUGUCAUGAAUGUGCUGUUUAAAUAUGUUAUGCUAUGUUGGUCCUUUCAUAAA